AAUAUUUUACAUGUAUCUCUCCCUCCCCCUCUUUCUCCUAAAGUAAAGUAAAGUAAAUUUUAUUUAAAGUCGGCACUAUAUACAUUCAACAUGUCAAACACAAGCUCUGUAGAGCUUUUUAACCGACUAUCACAUUCAAGUAUAUCAAGGACAAAGACACAUAGCAUGCAUGUACACAUAUACACAGACAUAUCGCAGAUUAACAAAAGAAUACAAAAUAAAAGAAAACUUUCAUGCAAGAAUGCACAAGAAUAUACAGUUACGAAAGCAUAAAACUACGAGGAAGAAAUAAAAUGCUACUCUUAUUUACAUUUUAGAAAAACCGAAAGCAAAACAAUCGUUUGAUAACCAACUUCAAGGAAAUAUUGAAAUCGAAACAUCAAUUGAACAACUGGAUCCCCGUAUAUGGACGUGUGAUAUUUUGUGAAAAAGUCAAAAUAGUAUAUAUCAUUAACUGUCUGAAUACAGUCGAUUGAUGGAGAAAUUCAAAUCCUUCAAAGCAGCCAAGACUUACUUCUCGGAUACAUGGGCACCAGAGCGAAAACGGGUCAUUACAGAAUUAACAAGUAUCAAAGACGAAGUCCAGAGACAGGCGAAGAUUCAUUCUAUUGGAUCUAUUACGUAUUCAAGUGUCGGUCUUGUCGGUGGGGGCCUGGCAAUAGCUGGAAUCGUGACGGCUCCAUUCACCUUCGGAGCUUCUCUGGGAUUAACGGUAGCUGGUAUUGCUGCAGGAGUGACAUCUGGUGUUGCAGGAGUUGCUCAUGGGGUUGUGAAAAUUGGAAUCGUCAAAAGUAAAUGUAAUGAAGCGAAAACGAGUCUGGAAAAUCACAACACAUCCUCUAAGAAAAUGAAACGUUUAGUGGGAGAACUCAUGGAGCAGGUCGAUGAAUUCAAGCUGAAAAUAAAAGGAAAGAACGAAUUUGAAAUUUCUCAGAUAUGGGAUGGAAUGAAGCGUACUGGAGGUGCAGUGAUGCUUGCGAGAGGAAUAUCAGAGUUAGUGGUAAACUCCAGAGCUGCUGAUGUAUAUAGAAUAGCCGGAAAUACAGAUGAGGUUGCCAGAAUUUUAAGUCUUAGUAGUGAAUUGGGCGACUUGGUACCCUCGGCAAUGAAGGAUGUCUCUAAAGGCGCUGCCAAACUGUCAGCUGAGGCCCUGAGCGUUCUUGUCGCUAUUGGAAUAGUUAUCGAUCUUGGAUCACUGAUUUACAAUGCAGUCGAUUUGUCAAAAAUGGAAAAGGGAAAGCUCUGUAGCGAAGCCGAGAAACUUGAGAAGGUUAUCAAAAAUUUGGAAGAAGAAUAUGAUGUUUUAAGCAAUUGUUUUGAUUGAUUUUUUAAUGAUCUUAUUAUAGAAGUCCAUUAUUCUAGUUUUGGGCUAAAAUACAAUGUAAUCCGCAGUGGCCCAUCCAUUAGAAAGACAUUUAAUUCAUGUACAAACAACGUAUAGAUGUUCAAUAUGAUGAUUUAACACGUUUACUCCUCUAUCCAGUGGAGAUCACCGAUCACAUCAAUUUUAAUUACGCGGCUGAGUUAAGGCUUUCCUCAUAAAUACCAGUGCUGUAAAACAUGUACUUUACCGCACUGGCACAUUACAUGACGUAACAAUGACAAAUACGUCAUGAUGAAGGUCAUGACGUACAUAUCUACAUUCCUUUUGCGGUUGGAAAUGUCAAAAUAUUUUUUUCGUUAUUUACCACCGCUGUCAAACAAUAAACCGCAAUUGUGUAAAAGUUUCUGUCAAAUGGGUUAUAUUAAUUCUCUUUGAUAUUGAAAUGUUUUCAAUUUCUUCUAUAUAUAACAUACAUGCUAAAGUAAUAUCCAUAUUAUAUUGUGAUCUUGAUAUCGCCCCUAAUCUACAUGUAUAUUGUGACUUUCACAAUGAACUAAUUUGCAUAUACAGGGUUUCCGUACAUACAAAUUUCAUCAUUGGCACGACACCCCGAGGUUUUUGAGUGAAAGAUGUUUGAUUUAUGAGACAUGUGAACUUCAGUGCAAAAGGAAAGUUAGGGGAGCAAGUUGUGGCUUCAACAGAAAACAUGUUUUUCGGGCUAGAUUCAACUUCGUAUAUGCAAAAAUCGCCGCAUCUUGCUUGUUCAAUGCAAAAAUUAGACAUGUUACAAGUCACGAUAAACUUGCUCUCAGCACUUUUCAAAUUAAAAAAUUAAUAUGUUUUGAAGUAAUAUUAACUUCAACUUGCAUUGAUAUCUGGAUAUCGUGCCAAUGGAACGAUUUAUACAUACACGGUACGAUUUUAUCUUGAUAUUUGAUCACGUGAUAUACAGCUGAUGUAGAGACCGUCGGUCUGGUGAAAAAUGUAUGGAAGGUCACUAUGCACUUAAUUAUAUAUACAUAUUUUUUUUGUAUGAAAAGGUUGUGUGUACAGAAUUUUUCAAAAAUUGAUCUGUUUAUAAUGCUUUUUUUCUUUAAAAUAUUUCAAUGGCUCUACUUAACACAACUGCGUAUUGCACUUUGCUUUCCUAAACCGUUUGUGACAUCACAAACAAGCGUCAAUUUUACGUAGUUUGUUUAUAAAAUGUCUGGAAGCAAAGGUUCCAACAAUACACUAACGUUAAUUAAUAGCCGGAGGAUUAAGAUCUGAUAAAAAGAAUAUCCCAUGAUUUGUGGUUUGAUAUCAUUUAUAUCCAACUCCUUGUGUGUUUUCUAUCUCCGAGCCUUGAAACGAUACCCUAUAUACAUAGAUAUGUAGACUAUAUAAAGAUAUUUUAGGAUGUCAAUUUCAGAAAUAAAGAAAACGUUGUUUUGGUUGGAGUCAUAUAUUUCAGUGUUCACGUUUGUGUCCCUGAUCUGUUUAUCUUGAGGGACUGUUCAAUGUAAGUCUAUCAUCUUAUUGCAAUGCAUACAAAUAAAUUUAUUAUACACACAG